CCGCUAACUUGUACCCAUCUCCAGUACACAGCGCUAUCCAUCUCAUGACCACCAUACUCUCUUCUCUCUCAUUUCUGCUUUGAAUUCUGGACAAACUAUGGAUCUGUGGUGUGUGCAUGUUAAAAGCAGUGGCUUUAUGCCGAGGAAUUCCUUCUCGGAGAAACCGUUUUGCUGGAUUUCAAACAAUUAUUCGAUGAAUUCGGACCUCCGAUUGUCCAAGCCAGAAUUUGUGCCGAGUAAUUGUAGGCUUCGAUCUGUUUCAGCUAGAGCUAUGGCGAAAAUAAGCUCCGGAAAUUCCAGUAAUUCUAAUUCGAAUUCCUCCUCUUCUGAUUCUGGAGGGAACAGUGAUAAUUUGAAAGCUGGAGGAGAUGGAAACACUCCUUCUCCCGGGAUCAAGAAAUCAGAUGGUACAAACUCACAGAAUCCCCAGUGCAAACCCUUGGAUUGGAGAGAGUUUAGGGCUCAGCGCUACUUUCUCGAACAGGCUGAAAAAGAUGAAACAUCACCCGGACUAAAACCUCUUCCCUCCAAGUGGGCACACCCUAUUUCAGCACCAGAAAAUGGCUGCCUCCUUAUUGCUACGGAAAAACUUGAUGGUGUCCUCUCCUUUGAGAGGACGGUAGUGCUUCUUCUCAGAUCUGGAACCAGGAAUCCACAGGAGGGGCCGUUUGGGGUAGUCAUAAACAGACCCCUUCACGAAAAGAUGAAACAUAUGAACCCCACUGGUAUUGUAUUGGGAAACACGUUUGACGAUUGUAGUUUGCAUUUCGGAGGACCCCUCCAUGCCAGUAUGUUUCUGCUAAGAUCUGGGGAAACUACGGGUUUUGCUGAUUUUGCAAAGGUCAUUCCAGGGGUAUAUUUUGGUUCCCGAAAUAGUUUGGGCAAAGCAUCAGCAAUGAUCAAAAAAGGGAAACUUAUGUCUCAAGAUUUUACAUUCUUCACAGGAUACGCGGGAUGGCAGCUGGACCAGCUAAGAGAGGAAAUCGAGUCAGAUUACUGGCACGUUGCUGCAUGUAGUUCCAACUUGAUAUCUUGGGAGUCACAAAGUUCUCCCCCCGACAACUUGUGGGAAGAAAUUCUGCAACUAAUGGGGGGUCCCUACUCAGAGUUGAGCCGCAAGCCAAAACAGGACAUCUAGUGCUAUCCGAGCAACUUCAACUCGGAUUCAAGAACGUGGAGGGAGCUUGGUCAUAUGUACAGUAUUUGCCUCAAGAGUCUUAAAAUAAUGUGAAUAAUGUGAUGAUGACCUUUAUUAGGAAACUUUUGAAAUAUAAGAUGGAGGUUUUGUUGACAUUGAUUAUUCAGAGAAAAUACUGCUCUGUAAUUGUAUGUCAUCCUACACUUUGAAUCUACAUUUUCUGCCAAAA